AUGAGUCUCUAUCAACUGCCAUCCAAUCGACUGAUCGAGAAGCGUCUAUGUGUAGACUACUAUCGUCGGAAUGAUCCCUCCAAAUUCCUAUCUGAUGGUAGUCUGGACGAGAAACUGUGCAAAAUUCGUGACAUCGAAAAAGAGCUUGGCCGAAUCCAGGGCGUGAUGGAAACGCUUUGGGUUGCUGGAGAUUUUAUUAUGACUAUUCCGUUGAGCUUCCUUGCUGAAAAAUGGGGACGCUCUUCUAUCCUCAGGUUCAAUCUCAUAUCUCGCUCAUUCCUGCUAUUCUGGGCUAUCGCUGUUGGUAACUUCGAUCAUCUGCUCCCGACUCAUGCUAUACUAGCAGGCCCUGCACUCUCCGUCCUUGGUGGAGACUGUGUCUUCAACUCUCUUACCUAUGCACUUGUCUCAAAUCUGACAGAUGAUCAUGUUCAGCGGGCCAUAUACUUUGGCUACAUGAGCUCUGUCUCUUAUGUCGUGGCGCUGCUCGGUCCAGCUUUGGCCUCUGCUACCAUGUCAAUAUCGGUGUUACUCCCGUUCUGGUUGGGGAUUUUAUUACUGUCGUUGGCAAUACCAGCCAUACGGAUGCUACCAUCACCUCUGAAUAUGACUAAAAACACAGAUGAUUCCCAUGAGGAACAACAUGAACCUCUUUUAUCAUCCCCACGCUCAAGAGCCCAAGAAGGUGCUCAGUCAGUCUUCCAUUCAGUGGUACAGCGCCUCGAGACAAUCAGAAACAUCGUCACCAGACAUCCAAAGAACUUUACUCUACUUCUCGUCAGCUUCAUACUCACAUCGCUUGCAAGUUCCGACACGAAACUACUGGUUCAGUAUAUCUCUGCGCGAUAUAAAUGGACUUUUUCUUCGGCUGGAUACCUCCUAUCUGGAAAGGCGGUCGUUAACUUUACGCUACUGACGCUGAUCAUCCCUAAAGUAUUGCGUUCCUCACGUGUCGUGCCAGGCGAGGCAUACUCGGAAGAUGUAGACAAGUCAAACCUUUGGAACGCCAUGAACUGUCUUUUGGCCUCAGUGUUUGGUGCCUUGGGAAUUGCCGUGGCGAGCAGCAUCUGGAUGCUUGUUCCCGCAAUGUUCAUAUACGCUCUCGGAUCUGCCCUACCCAUCUUUACUCUCUCCCUUCUCAAAUCACCCGCAAUAUCGCCCCAGCAUACGGAAGAUGCUACUCAUGCGUCGGAGAUUGAAAACCAUAUUUUCUCCAUCGUCAUGUUGGUCAAGACUGCAGGGUCACUUAUUGGUGCCCCGCUGAUGGCUAUGCUUUGGGUCUAUGGCCUAAGUCUAGGCGGAUUUUCACUUGGAAUUCCGUUCUUUUUCAGUAGUGUGUGUUACAGUGUGGCUAUCUGGGUGUUUUUCAACAUCAAAGUAGAUACCUAG